AUGACUAUGACACAACGUCAAAAAAUAAUUGAAGAAAUCUACACUACUGAAGAGUUUUAUAUUCAAUCGAUGGAGUAUUGUUUAAAUUUCUUUUGUAAAGUAAUGAAAAAUGAAAAAAAUCAAUCAAUUAUUCCAUUAGAAGACGUUGAUAUUAUCUUUGAGCAUUAUGACGAAGUACUAAAUAUAAACAAAAAAUUCUUUUUAGCUUUAAAAAAAUUAAGGGAAACUCACCAAAUAGAAACUCGUCUUGGUCAAAUUUUUAAAUUAUUUACCCCUUUUUUUAAGGUGUAUUUUCUUUAUAUAUCUCAUUAUGAUGAUUCAAAUCAAGUUUUAACAGAAUACGAGAGGAACCCAAAGUUUAACGAAUUAUUAACUUCAUUACAAACACAAAUUCCAACAACAACUAAUCUUGAUUUAAGAAGUUAUCUUAUCAUGCCUGUUCAAAGGUUACCUAGGUAUGAACUUUUACUUAAAGAUUUAUUGAAAAAUACAAAACCUGAUCAUCCUGAUUAUGUUGCACUUACUGAAUCCCUUGAUGGAAUUAGAGCUGUUACUAUGGAAGUUAAUGAACGUACAAAAGAUAUUGAUAGAAGAGCUAAAGUAAUUAAAGUGAAUACAAUGCUCUCCGGAUUACAUGACCUUCAAUUAGUAGACCCAGAUAGAGCAUUAGUUAUGGAAGGACAAAUGAUUAAAGUGUGUAAGAAAAGUAAUAAACCUCGUUACUUUUACUUAUUUAAUGAUGUUAUGGUCUAUGGAAUUGGACAUCAACGAAUUACUGUAAGUGGAUGGUUUUAUCUAAAGAAUGUAUAUUUAGAAAACGAUUCUCGUUUUGAAAAUAGUUUUAAAAUCAAUAAUGAUAAAAAGAGUUUUUCUGUAAUCUGUGAAACUCCUAAACAAAAGAAAGAUUGGUGUGAUGCUUUGACAAAAUAUUCUGAAUUACAACGAAAAAAUUCAGCUAUAGAAGACACUACUCAACCAAAAACUACACCUAUUCUGGAUAAUGAAAUAAAGAAUUGUUUAUUAUGCCAUCAGCCAUUUACCCUUGUUAAUAGAAAACAUCACUGUAGGUUGUGUGGAAGAUGUGUUUGUAGUAACUGCAGUAAAGCAAAGAUUCCAUUGAAUUCAAAAGGAGAAAUAGACCGUGUUUGUAAUUUAUGUUUCAGUAAGGCAACAGGUAAAAAAUUGGACAAUGGACUUAUUAAGAAAAAGAAAACAAUUAGAGGAGAAAGUAAAAGAAGUAAUUCAGUUGGUAAUCCAGAAGAAAUAUUUGAUGGACUUAGUGUUAUUCUCAAUCCAGAUAUUCAAAGAACUCAAACAGCAAAUAUUUUACCUAAUGUUGAAAAGAGUAAAAGUCCAUCUGGAAGAAGGAGUACAGGCAGAAAAGAAAAGUUAAAAAAUCAAAAAAAGGUUGAAAGUAUGAAUGAUUUAACUUUUUAUCAAAUCAUGGAAGGUAUAUCUUCAUCUUCAGAUCCUUCAAUAAAGACUUCUGGUCAUAAAAGUGGUUCAAGUAAUAGUCUUGUGUAUUUUGAUUUUGUACAACAAGACCAACCCAAUCAAACUUCUAUCAAUGAUCAGUUCUCUGAUCUUGGGAUUGUUAAUUUUCCUAAAAAGUAUAAAGAUAAUAAUGAUGUUACUAUUAAAAAACAACCUGAAAUCCCUCAACAAACUUGGAUUCAACCAAUAACAAGUAGUCAAUAUCGAGACGCAUUUGAUUCAUUUGAUUUUUAUAAUAAGAAUGAUUUUAUUGGAUUUCAAAGUCAACCUGUUAAUAAACAAAACAAAGGAGAUGAAAAGAAAGACAUAUUUAAUGGAUUAAUAAAUAUUCCAGUUACUUAUUCAGGAACAAGUUAUCAAAACUCUUCAAUAAAUCCUGGCUAUUUCAAGAAAGAAUUAGGAAUUCCAUCAAAACCAUUUAGACAAAAUGAAAUAAAUACUACAACUAUGAAACAAAUGACUAGUAGUAAAGAAAUUAAAAAAGAACAACAAAAACCACCAAUCCCCAUUUGUAUCACAAAGUCUUCUCAAAACAAUUCAAAUAGUAAUCCUAAAAAAGAUAAUGUAUUAAAUGAGUUAGAGGCAUUAAUGGAUGAUUAUUUUAAAUCUAAAACUCAAUUAAAUUCUAAUCAAAAAAUAAAUGAACCAACUUUUGAUGGAAUAAAAGGAAUAACUACAGUUAGUAGUUCACAUUAA